UCUUACUCACUCUCAUCAUCCUAAUCAUCCUAAUCAUCUUCAUCUUCACCGAAUCAUUUAACAACAUUAUCACUUUUUUACACUCUCUCUCUCUCUUUAUAAACUUCAUCACCAAGAUAAUCAAAUUAAACUGAUCAAACAAAUCAUGUUUAACGGAUAUUCAUUUCAAGAUAAAUUAAUGGAAGAUGUUUAUCCUGGUCAAGGACGAGUUAAUCAGCUCGGUGGUGUUUUCAUUAAUGGUCGACCAUUACCUAAUCAUGUUCGACUUCAAAUUGUUCAAAUGGCCGCUUCGGGUGUUCGUCCUUGUGCCAUUUCCCGACAAUUAAGAGUAUCCCAUGGAUGUGUUUCCAAGAUUCUAAAUCGUUACCAGGAAACGGGUUCAAUCAGACCAGGAGUUAUCGGUGGUUCUAAACCUCGAGUGGCAACACCACAGGUUGAGAAGAAAAUUGAAGAUUAUCGCCGAGAUAAUCCAGGAAUAUUCGCCUGGGAGAUUAGAGAAAGAUUGAUGAAGGAAGGAAUUUGUGACAAAAAUAGUGCCCCAAGUAUUAGUUCAAUUACCCGAUUGUUACGAGGGAUUAAACAUUCAACAGGAAGUGAAUACAGAAGUAGCAGUGAUGGUGAACUUUCAAUGACCGAUGGACAUGACACGAGAAAAGAUCACAGUAUUGCUGGAAUACUUGGAGGUCGAAGUGGCGAUGAAUCUGAUUGUGAUUCUGAACCAGGGAUACCAUUGAAACGGAAACAACGACGAUCUCGAACAACUUUUACCGCUGAACAAUUGGAAGAACUUGAGAGAGCAUUUGAACGAAGCCAAUAUCCUGAUGUAUUUACACGUGAAGAAUUGGCACAAUUAACUAGAUUAUCGGAGGCUCGAGUUCAGGUUUGGUUUAGUAAUCGACGGGCAAGAUGGAGGAAACAGGCCGGCGGUUCAACGGGUUCACAUCAUCACAGUGGCUCUGGUGGAACGGCUCUUCAUCAAUCAUCCACCACACCCAUUCAUGUUCACAGUGGUUCCGGUUCAAAUCAUGGGACAACAUCAACAGGUUUAACCACUGGUGAAGUUAAAUUCGGAGGUCCUUACAGUCCACCUAAUUUCACGUCACCUUACACGGAUCCAUGUUUAACUUACAAUGAAUCAAAUUGGUGCCGUCGUUCAAUGUCCAACCCAGUUAACAAAGUUCCAAGUGUUUCCAAUAAUCUGACAACAGGAACAACAACAACAACUGCCCCAAGCAAUGGAUUGACUAUCAAUAUAAACUGUAAUUCUGUCAACACUGUCAAUAAUAACAACACCAACAGCACCAAUGAUAAUUUAACCUCUAACAACGAUAAUACCAACAAUAAUAAUAACGAUAAUGAUAAUAAUCUUAACAGAAUCAAUGGUAAUAGUGGUAACAACACGGUGAUUAGUGUUCCAUCAUCAUCAUCAUCUUCUUCAUCCUCAUUAACCCCAACUACUUCAACAGCAUCAGGAAUCUCAGUUUCAAGUGGAUAUUCAAGUGACAAUUUCACAAGUCAAUCAAUGUUCAAUAAUUUCCUUGGUUCAUCUAAUGGGCCAACAGGUUGUUCCAAUGCAACUUCAACCACUGAUUAUCCUUCACAUCAUCACCCUCACCAUCAGCAUCCUCAUUCAGUUCAUCAUCAUCCACACAAUUCUCAUCAUCACCAUGGAUCACUUAAUCAUCCUCAUCCCCAUUCUCAUCCACAUCAUCCUAAUCAUCACACUUUAAACUCGAGUAAUCAACAUUUAACCAACGAAUCGCCCAUUUCCACGUGGAAUCCAUCGGUUUUCAGUUCAUCAGGAAGACAUGAUACAAAUGUAUAUUCAACCUCUUCCUGGACACACACUCCUUUCCAAACAGUGAAUUCACCACAUGAACCAUUCAGUGUACCUAAUGACACAUUCCUUAAUUCAUCCUAUGGUAAUAUACAUGGAGGACACGAAUUAAGUAAAACUGGUUUCGCUUAUGGAUCUUCACAGUUACCUAGUUGUAAUGUUCAACAUUCAUUUCGAUUACCAGUGUGAUCCAAAAGAGGCCUUAUUGUAACAUCUAAUUUAGAUCAAUUUUCAUCAUUGUAAUUAAAGUUAAUCACAAAUUCUUCUUGACUAAUUGUCAAUCAUCCUCAUCCUCAUCAUCAUCAUCAUCUAUUAUCAAGAGGCCAUAACGAUAAGAUGUACAAAAACAAAAGUUGAACGUUCAAGAUAAUUUAGUUUCUAAAAAGGAUAAUCAACUAUUGGAUUAAUUUUCUUUGAUUAAUUGUGAUUAAAGGUUAACUAUUUGUCUCCAUCCAUGUUAAAUUAUAACCUUCUAGUAAAUCAAUUUAAGGUUAGCAAUUGAAAAUUUGUUUGGACACUUUAAUCAACUUUUUCAUUAAUAUCCUUGAUCAUAAUUAACUGUAAUUGUCUAAAAUUUUAUUGAUUGUAAAAUUAUUCAGAUCAAUAACAGUAUUAAUCAAUUAAUUCCAACUCUCUAUUUACAUUUUGUUUGUAAUUAAACUUAAUUGUCUUACCUUUAACCUCCUUUCAUUGUAUAAUAAUAAUAAUUUAUAUU